AUAUAGCUUGAUAUUAUCAAGCUCAUUCUUAGCCGCUUCUUUUUUGUACUUCUCUCCUAUCUGUCUACUCAAUAGUUUUCUUAAUCCGCACCAUGGCAGGUCCUCCGACGUUUAUCGAACUUUCACGGGUAGAACAAGCUUUAGAAUUAAGGUCAUAUUUGCGUAGCAUUGGAGCUAGUUUAGAAGAAAAUGCACCAGAAAAUAUUGAAGAAGAUAUGCUUGAAAUUAUAUCCAAAUGUGAUGCUUGUUUGGAAACAGAUUUAUCAGACACUGAUAUUGAAAGCUUUUUAUGUUCAAUUGUAUCAGUGAUUAUUGGGAUUGGUACAGUAGAAGUUGAAAGCAAACUUGUAACUGAAUUUAGUCAAAAGCUGUCAAAAUAUGAAGAAGAUCGUUUUAGUAAUAUUAUACUAAAAACUCUUUGGUUGUUAUUUGGUUCAGUUGAUCCAAAACUACCAGCACGCUUCCAACUUUAUUCUGAUAUUAUUGAUGUUGCCAAACGAAACAAGCAACUGUUAUUGGUUUAUGAAGGAAUUGAAAGUUUAAACAAAUCUCUUCUUUCCAUCAACCAUAUAAAAAAACAAAAACAAUCUCUCCUUAGACAGUUGCAUAGUGCAUUGAUUGAAAAUGGACACAGUGAAUUGGCUGCUGAAGUUAUGGUUGAACUUCUUCGUAAUUACACAGCUGAUGAUGGUAAACAAGCUAAAGAUGAUGCUAAAAGAUGCAUUGCCUCUGCUAUUGCUGAUCCAACCACAUUUUUAUUUGAACCAUUAUUGAGUUUGGCUCCUGUUAUAUCUCUACAGUCCACUCCUUUACAUGAACUUUUAGUUAUAUUUGUUUCUGGAAAUCUUGCUAAUUAUUUAGAUUUCUACAAAGGCCACAAAGAUUUAAUUAAAUCUUUAGGCUUAGAUCAUAAUGCCAACAUACACAAGAUGAAGCUCUUAACAGUAAUGAGUUUGGCCGAAGAUAGCAGCAUUAUAUCAUUUGAAACAAUACAACAACAAGUACAAGUAAAUGCUGAACAAGUAGAACCAUUUUUACUGGAACUUUUUGGAACAAAAUUGGUUCGUGGCCGUAUGGAUCAAGCUGCAAAGAAAGUAAAUAUUUCAAGUACAAUGUAUCGUACAUUCAGCAAACAACGUUGGCAAAUGUUGAGAGAUUCAUUCUUCAGUUGGCGAUCAUGUCUUAGUGUUAUUGAAGAAGGAAUGAAAACUGUUGUGUCAAAUUCUCAAGCAUAAAUUGAAUAAAAUAUAUGAUUAUAAAAACUAUGUUUAAUUUAAUUAAAUUGACAUUUAUUAAAAAAAA